GUGCUCAACAGAGAGAACAACGAAAUUUCCUUUAACCAAAACUUCGCAUUUGCAACAAUGGAGUCAACGAGGCUCAGUCGCUUUCUCCUCUUCUUCCUCCACUGUAAACUAACCCUCUCAGUAUCUUUACUCCCAAAUGAAGCUCUCCCCACCAAAUCGGGUUAUCUCCCAAUCAAUCCCAACUCCGAUUCCGCCAUUUUCUACCUCUACUACGAAGCUCACAAACCCAUUUCAACUCUCUCCCAAACCCCACUCCUCAUCUGGCUCCAGGGCGGCCCCGGAUGCUCAUCCAUGCUCGGAAACUUCCUCGAGCUCGGCCCCUGGCGCGUCAAUUUCCACAAAAGUCCCCAUGAACCGCUGGCUCUCGAGCCCAACCCAGGUUCGUGGAACCGUAUUUUUGGACUCCUUUUCCUCGACAACCCGAUCGGAACCGGAUUCAGUAUCGCAUCCAAACCCGAAGAGAUCCCCAGAGAUCAGAACAAAGUCGCCGAACACCUUUUCGCCGCCAUAACUUCGUUUUUUGAGUCAAACCCAUCGUUCAAAUCUCGGCCGCUUUACAUUACGGGUGAGAGCUAUGCGGGAAAGUACGUUCCGGCAAUUGGAUCCUACAUUUUAAAAAAGAACGCCGAGUUUCCGAGUCCAAAUCGUAUCAAUUUGGCCGGUGUCGCGAUCGGAAACGGGAUGACUGAUCCGGCAGCCCAAGUGGGGGUUCUUGCGGAUAUGGCUUACUUCACCGGUUUUGUCAACGAGAAGCAAAAGAUGAAGCUGGCAAAGCUUCAAUCGGAGGCGGUGGCUCUUACCGAGGCCGGGAAUUGGAGUGCAGCUGCGGACGCGAGAAGCAGAGCCCUGAAUUCGUUUCAGAAGAUGACGGGUUUGGCCACUCUGUACGAUUUCACAAAGAGGGAGCCGUACAAGACGAACUUGGUCGAGGAGCUGUUGCGAAACGACGACGUCAAGAGGGCGUUAGGGGUGAAACGGCGUGUCGUUUUCGAGGGGUGUAACUUUUUGGUGAGUAAAGCAAUGCACGAAGAUAUGAUGAAGAGCGCAAAACACAUGGUGGAGUCACUGGUGAAGGAGAGCAGAGUAUUGCUUUACCAAGGUCAUUUGGAUUUGAGGGCUCUCGGCGUCGUUCCGACCGAGGCUUGGGUCAGGAGCUUGAAUUGGGAAGGGAUUGAGGGGUUUUUAAGUGCAGAGAAAGAGGUUUGGACAGUGAAUGGAGAAGUGGCCGGGUAUGUUCAGAGAUGGGGGAGUUUGACAAACGCCGUCGUUUUGGGGGCUGGCCAUAUGGUUCCCACCGACCAAGCAUUGAAUUCCUUAUCUAUGAUUGAAGACUGGGUUUUGGAACAAGGGUUGUUUGGCAAUAAUAUGUCCUAUAGCUUUUUAGGGCCAAUGCAAAUAUAAUUGGGUCAUCACCUAUGUCAUUUAUAUCACAUUUUAAGGUUGUUCAUUUCAUCUAUUA